AUGGUCUGCAGGUCUGCAACUCAACUCUCGAAUAUCAAAGAUGAACGAGGCUCCCCGAGGAGUGCUCAACUGGCAGCCAGUAGCAGAAUAGACCAAAGGGCCUCUUGUGUAGGUCUAGAAGGGGCUGGAAGGACUAGCAAAAAACCUCCUCCAUUACUAAGGUCCAGGACAUUACCUGCUAUUGUUGUUCCGGGUGUGAAUAUACUCCAAGCACAGUUAGGAAACUACAGUCACGAUGUUUCCAAUGCAACACUACCCAGCAGGACGAGUCUGUCUUCGAAGUUCCAGUCGGCGCGCGUGUCUUUCAGCAGAGACGACACAGCCACCUUGGAUAUGCGUCGGAAAUCGGCUGUCAGUCGAUUGUGUGGAACGGGAAAUUAUGGUCCCGAGAGAGGAACUGAUGGAACGCUUUUACUCAGAGUUCCAGCCCCACACGUGGUUGCUGCAAGAGCUUACAGAAUAUCCAGUCCUGGAAGUAGUACAACAGCUUUGUUUAGAAUAGGAAAAUUACUGAACCAAGGGGGUUCAAAGAGCCAAAGAAAUGUGUAA